AAUUCUAACAGCAGCAAACCUUCUCGCAAACCCUCUCCUCUCAGUAAUGGCCACUACAAUCACUUCCUUCUUGACUUCUUCUCCCUCUUCUUUCCAACACAACACAAAUCUCAAGUUGAGGUUAUCGCGAAGAGACGCUCACCUGACAAUAUAUGAUAAAGACAAAUCCUGUCAGUAUAUACACGGAGUACCACCAAAGUUGAGAGGAAGGUACCAGAAACAGCAUGCUGUUGCUGGUUCUGGGAAUCAGCCACAUAUCAGUGGGCGUGAAAAAUCUGUUUUGGUGCCAGAAAAGCAUGAUUCUAUUUCUGAAAACACCUUUCUUGUUAACAAAUCAUGUUUUCAUUUACCCCAAAAUGGUGGAAAGCCAGGACUAGUCCGAUUUUGUGACCUUAACAGAGAGAACGAAGUCAUUUCAUCAAAUUCAGAGAAGACUCAGAACAGCGCAUCAUGGAUUUUGGGCCCUGCUAUCUUAGUUGCUUCUUUCAUUUUUCCUCCAAUCGUUUUGCCUGAAGUAAUGCUUAACAUUUUUGGACACUGGCCAUCAAAAGUUUUCCACCUAUUAUUGUUCACAGAAGCAACUUUCUACAGUGGAGUUGCCGUUUUUCUUCUUCUACUUGACUCUUUAACGAGACGCAGACAACCAAAUCAUUCUGCAAAAAGAAGUGUUACUUUGACCCCGGGAUAUCAAAUCUCUUCCGUUGUUACCGUGUUGCUUAGUACAACAAUUCCAAUAGCCACAAUGAUUUUGUCAUGGGAAUGGGCUUUCCCUCUCGUCCCCACGACUUUUGUUCCACACCUGGUUGGUAUAGUUGUUCAAUUCACAUUUGAGCAGAUAGCAAGAUAUUGGAACUCACCAUCAUGGGCUGCUAUUUCAAUGAUCUUUCAUGCAUAUAGAUUUCACCAAAUUCAUCGUGCUGGAAAUCUGCUAACGUAUAUCUCAUUUAGAGAAGGAACAUCUGAGAUUGUCAAUAAUUUGGGAAUACUUUCAAAUGUCCUUUACCUGCUUCUUGUGAUGUGCGUUUGGUCUUUCUCAAGCUUCCUGAUGAGAUUGCUUCUGGAACUAAACAGUGAUGCCAAGUUGAUCUAAGGUUUGUUAAUAUCAUUUCACAGCUGAAAACAGCUCAACUCAUCUUUGGGUGGAAUCUUUCUAGAAAAAGAAAAUGAAGGGAUAUCUUAAGUAGUUCUAUUUCCGCGAGCAUACAAGUUAUAACCCUUACAACUAGUUACAUAUUUCCUCUGUGUAUACUUGCAUGUUGGAACCCUUCGUUUAAGUAGAGAAUUGAAAACUUCCCGGAUUCACAAGUUUAAA